AUGGGUCCCCCACGCCCCAAAUUGAGCGGUCCUCACCCUAUCCACAUCCACCCCGUUCGACCUCUCUACCGCUUUUUCGCGACUGCAUUGCCCGCAUCCAUGUGGUUCUUCUUGAUGUACCGCGCGAAGCAGGACGGCCCGGCGCUUCUCGGAUGGAAACACCCUUGGGACCACUGA